AUGUGGACGUGGGACAAAAGGUAUAUACGUUGACUGUAGCUCGCCCUCGUCCAGCCUAUCUGCAUGAAAAUUGUGGAGAGUGCUGCUGUGGGUAGAUUCUUGAUAUUGCUCAUUCCCUACAACCGACGACAUCAAUUACCCUCGUGAAUGCGUCAUUGCAGACAACCCCACACUCCCCAGGUGCCCACGUAUGAUAAAGCAGGAGGUGGCUAGGCGAGCCGAUGACGUGGAUUUCCGCAUCUUGUGUAGGCAAUUCGGUUUCAGGCGUCAACUUCACAAUUGCGGGCUCCGUUUCUGAAAUCUGAUGUGGUCCCCGGUGCGGUGAAUUGUGGUUUCUACUGAUCACUGGGGAAGAGAUUCGCUGCGAUGUACUUAGAAAGUCAGUGUCUGUUGUGCAAUUAUACUAUGGAGUUGUUCCAUCAUACUAUGCAUAUGGCGAUCUUCAUAUGUGACGUCAUUACACUUCGGCUUCACCUGAGAUAGGUUGCUUGUUGUAAUUAGACAUGUCCAGGUCGAGCCACUUGAGACCAAAAGUUAGUCACUAUCGUGCUGUUUUUGCUUUCCUUGGAAUUGAGACAUAGAAGUUUCUCUCCUUUCUUUUUCGAUUACAUUUUUUCCACGUUUUUUCCGUUCGGAGCGAACAUCUCCCUGAACAGAGACACACGAUUAAAACCAAAACAAGAGUGAUAUUAUAAUUCUGGUGCCUCGCAAACGCAAUACUAAGUGGAGCUGUCAAAAGCCAAACUCAAAAAUUUCAUACUUCUGAGUGCUAAAUGUCACGCGAGGAAGAAUGGGAGACGCGACACUUUUGCAUGUGGACAAAACUUGAUCUGACUAUGGCCUGGUCUUUGUAAUGCCAUUUCCA